AUGGCCGUGACCCAUCGCGUAGCUGUGAUCACAGCACUUGCAUGUCUUCUUGUGGUUACCGGUGCGCAGACAACGACGACUUCUGGAAGAUGGCCAACGCAGACAUUCAUCACGGAGCCAGGCUUCCAUCCACCACUAGCUGCGAUCAACCACACAGACGACUCUGCUCUGGCUCCGGGGUUGAUUGUGUUUUCUCAAGAUGGCACCUAUGCGCCGGAAAAUGUGGCUUUGAUCAUGGACCGUAACGGAGAGCUGGUGUGGCAGACGGAUCCCACGAUUGGCGACAUCCAGGACCUCAGUCCGUUUACACUUUUUGGAGAAAACGUCCUGAUUAGCUGGAAUGGGACAAGUAACAAUGUCAAUGGCGAUUCCUUUGGGACUGCAACCAUCUGGAAUGACAGCUACGAGCCCAUCUACAACAUCACGCUGAGCGACCCCCAAUUUGAGCACCUCUACGGCCAGUAUGACUCGCUGCUCAACCAGCACGAGGUCUACAUCACCUCCUGGGGCACCUUCUUGGGCUUGGUCUACGAUCCCAUCCCUGCAAAUCUUAGCGCCGUCGGGGGCCCAGAAGACGGCUGGAUCCGGGAUGGCGUGGUCGUCGAGAUAGACAUCAAGACCAACGAGCUGUUCUUUGUCUGGCGCGCGUCAGACUUUAUUCCCAUUACAGAUUCGUAUGCUCCCAUUGAAAGUGCGCGGAGUGGUUUUGGCAACUCGUCAGACAGUGGUUGGGAUUAUGUGCACCUAAAUUCCGUUGCCGAGCUGAACGGGAAUAUUGUCGUUUCCAGCCGCCACACGUUUCAGGCAAUAUAUAUUGACAGGCAGACUGGUGGUGUGAAGUGGAUUGUUCAGGGCGAGGGAAAGAGCAACUUUACCAUUGAUGCCGAUGCCGUCUAUCGCUGGCAGCAUGACAUUCGUAUUGAGCAGACAGCUGAGGGCCUUAUGAUGCACCUGCACAACAAUCAAAACAACUACACGCCACCGUACAACGUGUCCUCGGGACAGCUCAUGCGUAUCGACGAGGAGGUCGGUCAUGUGUAUGCCGUGCAGACUUACACGGACCCCAACGACCUCGUCUCGGCCUCGUCUGGCGGGAAUUACCAACCUCUGGUCAAUGGCAAUGUCAUCAUUUGUCACGCCUCGCAGCCCGUCAUCAAGGAGUACGCACAGGAUGGGGCUCUGCUCUGGAGCUUCCGCUUUGGCCCGGCCGGCUAUGCCACGGGACCUGGCAUCGGCUCCUACCGUGCUUUCGUCUCCGAGUGGAGGGGCUAUCCGAACACGGACCCCAAGGCGGCUGCUUGCCGACUAGCUAGUGGGGAUCUCGCCGUGUUCAUGAGCUGGAACGGCGCUACCGAGACUAUAGCCUGGAACAUCUACUCUGGUGAGAAGAGCUACGGACUCAACGCGGCAGCUACCAACGUGACAAAGUCUGGCUUUGAGACAAGCAAUACCAUUCCCGUAGCUCAGUAUGUACAGGUCGAGGCUUUGGGCGGGAGCAAAGACCCCGGCCAAACUCGGAGGUCCGCUGUGCUUAAUGUCACGGAUGCUGCCCUCUGCUAG